CUUAGGCAAACAAAUUUCCUGCGGCUCCAAAUACAAUCAGCAUUCACGCACCUUUUUGGCCGUUGAAACCCUUUUUGUUCAAAACAAUAUGUCAGAUCUUAUACUUGUCACGAACUUACAACUUAUUUUUGGGACGUUCUUUUUUGGGGGAAUUCCAGUGCUGAAUAAUGAUCUUUGGACUGCCAUGUUAAUGAAUACUAUAAGCGACGGCGUAGAAGGUAAACAGAAAUGACGACACAGGGAGGUGAUGGUGCAAUUAUGGGCCCAAUAUCAGUAUGUUUGUAUUGACAGAUCCGUGAUAUUAUUUGGGCAACAUUAAAUUUCAGCCUUUUGUGUGAUCAGACGAAUUAGUUUUCCUCGUCUCGUAAAUACCAAAACCACAAGUCGUGCAGACAAGAGACAUGGCAAGAAAGAACAAUUUUGGGAUUGUGGGUGACUGGCAUUUGCCUUCAUUUCCGGAUAUCUCAGCAUUGGAAGACGAGUUAUGCCUUGGCGAUAGGCUGGAGUUUGACUGUGGCAUAUACGCACACUGGGGUAUAUACGUCGGUCGGUACCAGGAUAUGAGACAUGCUGUCAUCCACUUCGGUAUGUUCGAAAAGCGGGCGGCAUUCUCCAAAAAGAAGAUAUCAGGCAGUGCGUUUGCUGCCGGUCAAAAGCCCGAGAUACGAGCUAAUACGAUUGGGAUGAUUCUCGGUGGUUCUGGCAAGGUUAGGAUCAACAACUCAAGAGACCUUAAAGUGGAGCAUUUGGAUCCAGACGUCAUCAUUGAAACAGCUACGACCAUGCACCGAGACAAAACACCGAUUGAUUACAAUCUUAUCGAGAAUAACUGCGAGCACUUCGUGAAUCUGUGUCGAUAUGACAAACCCCACAGUCAGCAAGCUGAAGAUUUGGUGAUUGGGGCCAUGGGUUUGCUCGUCGGGGGAGCCAUAGCCGGUGAGUAUCUCAAGCUCUAA